GUGACGCAAUCAAGAAGCGACGACUGCUUGAAUUGUUGUUUCUUCAAAUCGUGGUCAGACCAACUCAAUUUAUAUCAUAGACAAGUUUCCUUACUUUUCUAAUAAGAAGACCAUGGUGUUAGGAUUCCAAACAGAGUCCACCUCUCACGGAGGAACAGGUUAAUAUCUUUCAUGUUCGAGUCAAUGACCACUAUGGUGGAAAAGGCUUGAGGGCAACUUUAUUCCUACACACCAAAAGUACUUGAAGGAAAACAACCUGGAGAAAAAUCAAGGAAGGAACAAACCACAACAUCUAAAGUUUAGAGGACCACUGGGAAAGGAGAGGACAGGAGUGCGGAGAGGUUGAGUUGGGGAUGGGGUUGAAGAGCCAAAGGAGGACGUCAUGGUUCACAGCGGCUCUGCAUCCCCAAUGACAACAUCAUCCACUCAUUUAACUGUUCCUGCUUCAGCACCUUCUCUGCAAGGAGCUCCACCUCUGGUGCCUCCACCUGGAGAUAUUACCCAUCAAGACCUAACCCAGACUCCUUCCAAACCCCUCCACACAGACCUUUCUUCAAACUCAGAAUCAACACAACCCUCGACUCCAAUUUCUGCUGAUACCAAGCCCCAUGUUGUAAUCAAAGCAGAAGCACUUACUACCUUUUCAAGCCCAGCGUCAGCCUGGUCCGCUCAACAGACACCUACCGCCUCUCAGGGCUCAGUUAAUGGCCGUACGUCCGGCAGGAAGAGGACCCCUAAAGCCUGUGACUGCUGUGGCCCCAACAGUGCAGGACACAAUGCCCAUACUUCGGGCAGAGGAAGGGGGAGAGGGAGAGGAAGGGGGCUUAGUAGGGACCUCGGGGACACCCCAAAAAGGAAAGUGGAUGGCCAGCUAACAAGGAUAAAGUGUUUUGAUUUGGCCAAGGAGGCAGUUAAGGAAGCAGAGUGUGACCAUGAUCGAUAUGAGAAGGUGCAAAGGACUGUAGUCGUUGCUGAUACUGAGUCAGAAGCUCCUGGUGCUCCACCCGUCACAGUCUCCCUGCAGGAGGAACCAAUAAAGCACUAUGUUGCUCCAGAGAAAAAAAAUAGGCAGAUUAAGGGGGAUGUGUUGAUAGAAGGGUUAGGUGGGAAAGUAGGCAGUUGUAGCAGGGAUGUUGCAAUGCUAGGAAUGGCAGGCAGGGGAUUCCCAUUAGUCAGAGGGAGAGGGGCGAGGGGAAGGGCGAUAGCUACGUCUGCAUCAAAAAUGAAAGUAGAUGGUGAAAGAAAGUUGUCGGGUUUAAGUGGUGUUGUCAUUCAUUCAAAAAGCCAUGCAAUAUCUCCAGUCGUUUCAAUGCAGAAGCAGGGUCAAAACAAUGAUUCAGAGAUUGUACAUGAAGAGCAAACUUGCCCCAGCUCAGUUAAUCCUCCCAUUGCAAAUGGAGACACUGUAAACCUGAGUGACACUGAGGAGGAGACGAAAGAGGGUAACGUGAUGACGAAUGUAACGAAAAAUGGACUAGUAUCCACCUCACUGCUGUCCAGUCCAGGUUCAAUGUCAGGGUCUCCCAAGGACCUGGACUCUGAGAUGCAGGUGGACAAGACACCUGACAGAACUGUACCAGUAACUCAGUCCAAUGGAAAAGACGCUUCACCAACAGUGAACAACUGCUCCACACUCAUGGAGGUGGAUGCUUCUCACCCAGCUCCGGUUGCUCCUUCGUUCCAGGGACCAAUCACAGUGUGCAGCAUGCAGCACAGCUGGGCAUUAAGAGACCACCGGCUGUACUGUAACUCUGAAACCUGGGACAGGGGGGGGCUGGAGGAGGAGGUGUGGGGCAAAGAAACCUCAGAAGGAACCAAUGGACAAGUGAUAGAUGGAGAGAGGAAGAAUAAAGAAAGCCUGGAGCAGCUUACGGAUAUGAUCCACGAGUUUCUGGAGAGCUUUUACAUGAAGUAUGGAAGUUUUAAUCCUCUAAGUGAGAAUGAUGUCCUGGAACACCUGAAGAAGAAAGGCAACACUCACCUCAGCAACCGCGGCCUGGACAUCAAAAGGGAGAUGACUCGGUACAGGGCGGGGCUGGCCUCUGCUCCUAUCGCAGGCUUCAUGUUGUCGUAUAACAAACACACCCUGGGCUUGGAGGACCUCAGCACACUGGAGGAACAAAACUGGCUCAAUGACCAGAUCAUCAACAUGUAUGGAGAACUCAUCAUGGAGGCAACACAACACAAGGUUCAUUUUUUCAACAGCUUUUUCCACAAGCAGCUUGUUGCCAAGGGUUACGAGGGUGUGAAGAGAUGGACUAAAAAAGUUGACCUGUUCUCCAAGUGGCUGCUGCUCUUCCCCAUCCAUUUAGAAAUCCACUGGUCUCUCAUUACGGUCACCAUGGCAACCAAAACCAUCAGCUACUACGACAGCCAAGGCAUCGUCUUCAGACACACCACAGAUAACAUAAUGAAGUACCUUCAGUCUGAAGCCAGAGAGAAGCAGCAGACAGCUUUCCAGAAAGGCUGGAAGAUUACCAUCAUCAAGGGCAUUCCUCAGCAGAGAAACGACAGCGACUGUGGAGUCUUCGUCCUCGAGUACUGCCGCUGUCUCUCGGUGAGGCAGCCUCUGCUCUUCAGUCAGGAGGACAUGCCGCGCAUACGCAAGAGAAUCCACAAGGAGCUGUGUGACUGUCGCCUUAACGAUUGAUCGAGUGAUAGAUAGUCUCCUUCACUCACUGGCUGCUCGCCUGGUCACAUGGGACAGUCUGUCCAAGUUUGUCUUUGACAGCCUGUUACAUAACCGCUAACACAACCGACCUUCUGUACUCCAGGGAGCCCUGACUGACAGCUGACGGCUGCUCAUUGGGACUCAAAGAGUUAAAAAACAUUCUGUAGCUAAGCAGAUUUUGACUUGCAAAGAACUACUGACGUGGCCCCCUACUGACCACCAGACAUGCUGGACCUGUGCCCAUCAGGUUGUUUUUAUGUUUGACAUUUUCCUUUCCUAGUUCCUUUGGCAGUGGAUUCCAACCGAAUGCACCUAGCAGAGGACUGACUGAAGACAGAGGCGUUGGACCAGCCCGGACCAACGGGGGCUUCCAUCCCUAAUGGAGUGGCCUUUUCUCUCAGAUGACCCUUUUAACCUGACUGAAAUGUUUAACUGUUUCAUGCUGGACUUUAUGGCAGUACCAUACUUACAGUUAUGUUUUUUUUUUAACAUGUUGAAUUAAGUUAGGAUGUUUUGAUUCAGUGGACCAACCGUUCACUAAAAACUUGAAGGUUUAAGUUGGUUUCGUUACAGAUAUUUGCACGGUUAGAGGCCUAUCCAUUGAAGACUAUAACACCAACUGAAUGUAAUGAUCCUGUAUUCUUCCUGGUUGCCUCAAAGGGUGGAGCUCCAUACAGGCUAAAAGCACAUGUUGGCUUGAUACAGGGAUAUCAUUUUGCAAGGUUGUUUUCAGGUUUUUGACACCGUACUAGUAAUAAUUUCUUAUUAAAUUCCAGUUUUUCCACAACAUUAUUUCUUGCUUUUUCGUUUUGCUGUGAUCACAGUUUUGCUCAAGCUUUUCCCUGUUCCCUGAAAGUUUUUUGUUGAAAGCAUCGGUUUUACUUUUUAAAUCCACCAGUUGUAGUUAAAAACAGUUACUCAUGCUGGUUAGAAGAGCUGUACUGCUAGCUGCUGAUGUUGACUUUAUAUUGCUGAGGCCUCCUGCUUCACAUGGACACAUUAACAGGUUAAGUCUGUGUGAGUGGCCUCUUAACAGAGAAACAAGUGGACCUCAGUUAUUUUAAAUGUAAUCUUCUGUUCUUUUAUUACAUUUAUUCCAGCGGCAUAGUAAAAAAUACGAAACCAAUUGUUCAAAUUGUUCUAAAAGCACCAAAAUUGGCACACAUGUAGAUUAAUAUAUUCUGAACAUUUUUGGAUAUGGAGGCAUUCCAGAUUAGCCCUGUGGAAGAUAUUUUUCAAAAUGGUCGCCAUUUACCAUUAGCGUCAUUACAUAGACUUCAUUAUGUGUCGUUAGUAUGGUGCUAGAUGGGCCAAAAUUCAUUUUUUUUACAUCAGAAUUAACAUCAAUAAGUGUUUAACAGAUAUUUAGAUGAAUCUUCUCAAAAAUGGCCCCCAAACUGGCCGCCAUUUUGUGGAAAAAGUGGAAAUUUGAUGAAGAUUUCAAUAUUCGAUGACAUAAUACCUCUAAUAACCAGUACCUGAUUUCAGGAACACACUUUAAUUGCUCAAGUUGCUUUUUUAGUUCAAAUUGCUGGCAAAAUUGCAAUGGAAUGGUAGUCAAAAUAAUACACAGAGUACGGGGAGUUUACAGUAUGGUCAGAUUGUAGUUAUAUAGUCGACCAAAAGCCCAGUCUCUAGGCACAGUACUUACAGUUAUACAUUUAUGGAUAGAUCUAAUAUAAAUGAACAAAUCUAAGUGGAUUCAAGAAGAGGACACAAUAAACAGUUGCCAAUACAAUAACUUUCAGUAUUGUGUAAUCCUGCAGUACAUACAUGUGAUACAAUAACGUAGCUUUUGCCACACUAUAACUAGUAGCGUCCAUCCUGUUAAUUAUGAAUCUGAGCUUUUCAAAUCUGGUCACCAGGAUUAUGAAUGUCUACAGAUCAUAAUGUUAGCUAGCAAGUUAUCUGUCCUAAUCUACUGGCAUUCGCCUUCACAGAAACACAGACCAGUGCAUUGCAGUGAAGCCUUCUUGCACUUGCAGCGGUUUCUGCAGCCUUUCUUGCAUCCGCAAGACACCAGCUCAUAGCAGGUCUUGGAUGCCUCAGGGAGUGUAGUCCAGAGUGGUGUGUAGGGCCCAUCAUCACUCCGAUGCCAGUCCCAGU